AUGUUUCUACAGAGCCGAGUGUCCCGCCUCCUGGCACAGCUGCGCGCGGCGGGGCAGCUGCUCGGCGACCCGCGCCCCUGGCCCGGCCCCUCGGCGGGUGCCACGAGGGCCCGCAGUAGUGCGUGCGGUCCCCCGGCGUCCCUGAGCGCGCACGACCCGCGCGCGCGGACCUCAGCGGGAGUUGGGGAUUGGGGGGCGGCGCCGGUGGGGCGGAGAGCCGGGGUGCGCACCUGGGCCCCCCUGGCCAUGGCGGCGAAGGUGGACCUGAGCACCUCCACCGACUGGAAGGAGGCAAAAUCAUUUCUGAAGGGCCUGAGUGACAAGCAACGGGAGGAACAUUACUUCUGCCGGGACUUUGUCAGGCUGAAGAAGAUCCCAACGUGGAAGGAGACAGCAAAAGGGGUGACCGUGAAGGUGGAGGAACCCAAGUAUAAGAAGGACAAGCAGCUCAACGAGAAGAUCUCCCUGUUCCGAGGUGACAUCACCAAGCUGGAGGUGGACGCCAUCGUCAACGCCGCCAACAGCUCCCUGCUCGGAGGUGGCGGUGUGGACGGCUGCAUCCACCGAGCCGCCGGACCCCUGCUCACCGACGAGUGCCGUACCUUGCAGAGCUGCGAGACCGGCAAGGCCAAGAUCACCUGCGGCUAUCGGCUGCCGGCCAAGUAUGUCAUCCACACGGUGGGACCCAUCGCCCACGGAGAGCCGAGCGCCAGCCAGGCUGCUGAACUCCGCAGCUGCUACCUGAGCAGCCUCGACCUGCUGCUGGAGCACCGGCUCCGCUCAGCGGCGUUCCCCUGCAUCUCCACUGGAGUGUUCGGCUACCCCAACGAGGCGGCGGCCGAGGUAGUGCUGACCGCUUUGCGCGAGUGGCUGGAGCAGCACAAGGACAAGGUGGACCGGCUCAUCAUCUGCGUGUUCCUGGAGAAGGACGAGAACAUCUACCGAGAACGCCUCCCCCACUACUUCCCGGUUGACUCCCCUGGGCCCGCUGGACCACGCUCCCAGCUCUAA